AUGUACAAAAUGCCUAUUCCCAUUGAAGCCACUGUAUCUGAAAUCAAUCUCCCUGUCAUCGACAUUUCCAAAUUUCCUCUCGACUUCGAUUCCGAAGAGCUGAACCAUCUUGAACAUCAUCCCGAACUUGCUAAAUUCAGAUUAGCCUGCAAAGAAUGGGGGAUUUUCCAUCUUGUCAACCAUGGAAUCCCUGUAGAUAUUCUGGAUAAGGCUGAAAAUUCCUUUCACCUUCGAGAUCCAACCACCCCAGGUUCGUUUGACAAAAUGUUAGCAAUGAUAUGCCCAGAAGGAAAUGCAAAUUUCUACGAAACAAUGGCGACAUAUUCUUUGUAUGUCGCAGAUCUUGCAAAAAAACUCGCAAAAUUAAUUGUUUCGAGCCUGGGAUUGGAUGUCAAGGCUUUCUACCACUCUCAAUUUGAAAAAUACUAUUCAGUAGUUCGUCUAAACGGCUAUUCAGCUAAAAACAUGUCCAUUGGUGAGUGGGCGCUUCUCUCCCAUACAGACUUGGGGUGUCUCACAAUUCUCUACCAAGAUGAUGUGGGUGGUCUUCAGGCACGAUCUAAGGAGGGUGAAUGGUUCGACGUCAAGCCAUUCCCUCAUCAAUUUGUCAUCAAACUGGGGGACUCCCUUAAGGCUUGGACUAACGGCAGAUACCACAGCCCAGAGCAUCGAGUUGUUUAUAAAGGUUGCAAAGAUCGUAUUUCAAUUGCCUUUUUCACUUCCUUCCCAGAGGAGAAGGAAAUCUGGGCGCCUGAGGAGCUCGUGGACGAGAACAAUCCAAGGCGGUACAAGCCGUUCACAUACUCGCAUUUCUGGGAUUCAUCUGCGAUAAAGAAUAAAAAUGAUAAAGAUAAAGCCACGCUUCUUGAUCGAUUUGCUGACGAUGUGGCUACUGAUGUGGCAGUCCGCACGGAUGACUGUGUGUACGGUAUAUCCACGUGGCAUAGUACGGAAGCGGCUGCCUUGUCGUACGGAAAAUGA